UUUUUUUAAUUUAUUAAACCAAAUUCUAUCCAUCAGACCUGUUUGGCCAGUAUGUUAAGUGUUUCGGAGCACUAUAGUUGUGUUCGGAAAUCAGUCGGAAAUGUUUUGAGAAUUGUCGGUUCUCUGUUUAUUUAUUCGAUGCAUUUUACCGAGACCAAAUGACGCUCUCUCAAUUUUGCUUUAUAUUGUAUUUUAUUAGAGCAGCAUUGGAAAUUAAGCUAAUUAGUUUAUGCGUCAUUUAUUUGAAAACGGAGUUUAAGGAGACGCGGUUCACUGCAGAUUCCGUUGCUUUUGGAACGCGGAUAAGUUCAAAUAACUAACGAUAUUCUGUCACUUUUGUUUAUUCUUCUGGUACUUGUCUCUCUAUGAAAACAUAAAGCCAUAAGGAACAAGAAGAAGAAGUUUAUUCUUAACUUUGCGUAAUAUCUGUUGUGUUGUACAAUGUCAGAGGACGAGAGAUGGAGCAUUUGUUUGAAAUCACUGAAAAAAGUUAAAGAAAGUGGCAAAUUUUUCAAUUCCACAGAGCCACUUACCAUCUUACAAGAAAAAGCUGGAAACACAGGCUUGGAUGAUGAGACUAUAUCGUUACUCAUUGAUAUUAUAACAUUAUUAAAAAAUGGCCGACAGUGUACGCAAAUAAUAAAAUGUCUUGUACCAAAAUACAAAAUGCCUGAUAAAGAAGUAGAAAGACUAAUAAUAUGGUGGUUUUCAGCAUUAAAUGAUAUAAAACUUAUGGUAUCCACAUUGAUACUUCAAUGGCUUGUCGGUUUGUGGGAGGCACAACUUAUAAACCAAAAAACAAUAAGUAUUUUCUAUGAGGUGUUUUUCUACACAAUGCUUAAGCGUGAAAAACUGAUUAUUUAAAUCGUAUAAGCCUGAAUUAGUGCCCGAGAAAAUACCUUCGAUGAACAUUGAAAGUGUCUGGAGGCCAAUUCCAGAAGUGUUGCGAAUACAAUUUGAAGACGCAAGAAAUCGUGCAGAAAUACAACAGCAACAUCAGACUAAUUUAAAUUGGAACGUAAAAUACG